AUUCGGGGUUUUGUGUGGGCCCUUAAUCCUGGUUAUGAGUUACCAAGCAGGAAGCAUAUUUCAGAUGUAAUGCUGCAAGCAGCAUACACAGCAGCAAAGGAGAAAGUGGUAGACAAACUGUCAGCUGCGAAGACAGUUUGUUUGACCACAGAUUGUUGGACAUCGGCAGCAAAUGAAGGUUACAUGGCGGUGACAGGGCAUUUUGUGUCUGAAGAUUUCACCUUGCAAUCGGUGUUGUUAGGAUGUUCCCAAUUGUCUGAUACACAUACUGCUGCGAAUCUGUCGGCAUCUCUAAUAGGCAUGACAGAUAACUUCAGGCUGACAGACAAAGUUUUGCUGGUUGUGACGGAUAAUGCACCAAAUAUUAAAAAUGCAGUGUCCGCCGUUUUAUGGUGGAAACACUUUGGGUGCUAUGCACAUACACUAAAUCUUAUUGUGCAGAAUGCACUAAAACAUUUUGUGUCAAUUCAGCAGAAAGUCAAAACUAUUGUAGCAUUCUUCAAGAGAAGCUGCAAGGCAACAGAAAGACUGCUGACAUACCAACAAAAUAAUGGGGCAGGUCAUGUUAAAAAACUGGUGCAGGAGGUGCCAACAAGGUGGAACUCUACUCUGUGUAUGUUGGAGCGAAUAGUUGAAAUUAAAGAUGCUGUGAAGACUUCACUUGUACUAUUCACAGUUGAUUUUCAACAACUGACAGACGAGGAAUGGAACAUCUGCUCAGAACUCUGCUCUGUGUUGAAGCCAUUUGCACAGGUUUCAACACAGCUUAGUGCUGAGUCAUAUCCUACUGGCAGCCAAGUUAUUGUUCUGACAAGAGGAUUAUUAUCAGUGUGUGCAGAACUUUUGAAAAGGCCAUUUAACAGUGUGACAAGGACUAUCAUUGAAGAAUUAACAACAGGCCUGAAGGUCCAUUUCCACAAUGUAGAGAUGAGCAAAUUUAUAGGAGUAGCCACUCUACUAGAUCCACGCUUUAAAUCUCUUGUGUUUGAAAGCCGAGUUGCAGCAGAUAAUGCAAAGAAACAGCUUAUUGAACUAGUAGCGGAAAAGAUGGGUGACAGAAGACUGACAAACACAGGCCAGAGCCAUGAAACUAUGUCAACUUCAACCACCACUUAUCCCUUGUCAGUAUGGGGUGUCUAUGAUGCAAUUGUAAAAUCAACACAGCCCCAGGGCACCCUCAGUCAGUUGCUAUUGUGGAAGUACAAAGGUACAUGGACAGCCCAGUUAUUAGUAGAAGUGAGGAUCCACUGGCAUGGUGGCGUGAAAAUCAAUAUAUUUUCCCAAAUAUUGCUAAAGUGGUGAGGGAAAAAUUCAAUAUAGUGGCCACUUCUGUGCCGUGCGAAAGAAUAUUUUCUAAAACUGGUAUCAUUAUAAAUGAAAGGCGAACACGGCUGAAGGCGUCCAAAGUUGAGAAACUUAUAUUUCUAAAUAUGAACAGUACUAACUCCUGAAUUUCCUGUUACAGGUGGAUUCGAGAGGCACACCAACACCAGCAGAUGAGUCUCCGUUUAAUUCUUGGGAUAUUAUAACAGUAAGUUAUAGCUCCAGAAGUCAGUCACCAGCAGCAGAUGUCACACAGUUAUAAAAUGGGAAACAUGAAGAAUAAGCUCCAGAAGUCAGUCACCAGCAGCAGAUGUCACACAGUUAUAAAAUGGGAAACUUGAAGAAUAAGUUAUAGCUCCAGAAAACCGCCACCAGCAGCAGAUGUCACAGUUAUAAAAUGGGAAACUUGAAGAAUAAGGUAC